GGAUCCGGGAACGGGUCCCGCGUGUAACCGUCAAAGUCUUGCACCUGCUGAACCUGCUGCCAAUUAACGGUUGACCAAGUUUCACUUUCUAAUUUUCGGCACAACUCCGAAUUUAUUUCGCCAUGUCGUCGUCAUCCCCAUUGGAAAACUUCUACUUGGGGAAAACCCUUCACGAGGGGAUUUUCUCAACCGUUCAAGUGAUCAAGGAACGGGAUAAUCAGAGUGGACGAAUUUUCACUCUGAAAUCUGUGGAUAAAAGUUAUUACGCUAUUCAUAAAUUGGAAUCAUUGCUGGAAGCCGAGACUGAGCUUCGAUCACAAAAUGCAUCACAAUGGAUUGUUGGAUUGCAGUCCUGUUUUGAAGAUGACAACAAGAAGAUGCACUUCAUUAUGGAAUAUUUACCUGGAGGAAAUUUUAUAGAGUUGUUAAAAUCAAAUGGAGGCCGAAUGGAAGAACAAAUGGCAAUGUUUUACAUGGGGGAAUUAGUGCUUGCAAUAAAUGCGGUGCACUGUUUGGGAUUUGCGCAUAGAAAUGUAAAACCAGCAAAUAUUCUGCUCGAUGGGAAUGGUCACAUCAAACUAUCUGGAUUUGGUUCAGCUUCAAAAAUUAAAGACGGAAAAGUUUCUUCUCCACUAACCGUAAAUUCAGCAAGUUAUGAAGCACCAGAAAUACUGAGGACUUUAGGAAACGAAAAUUUUUCAUAUGGUGUCGAAUGUGACUGGUGGUCAUUGGGUGUCAUUGCAUAUGAAACUAUUACUGGCGUCCAUCCAUUCGAAGAAUCAUCUGCUAUUUUAGUAUUUAGAAAGAUUACUUCAAAAAAGACGAGAGGAUCGGUAAAAAUUCCGGCAAGAUCGAGCCAAGAUUGCAAGGAUUUCAUUUCUGGAUUACUUCUAGAGCAAGAGGACCGCAUGACAUACAAUGACUGUAUUUGUCACCCAUUUUUCAACGAGUUGAUCUGGGAUGGAUUAAGAAACGAAAUUGCUCCUUUGAAACCAAAUUUGCAUCUCGACGAUAUUGGCGAACUUGGGGGUGGAAAAAUGUUUAAUGUGAACGAUUGCGAUAACUCUGUAGCCGCCUUGGACGAUGAUCAAAUUCAGAUGCUAUCAGACAUGACAUGCCCUCCCACAAUGGCGAACAAUAACUUAACGUUUGUCUACACCAAUAAAUCAAAGUCAAAAUUGGUGGAUAUUACUGAAGAAAAGGAAAACACAACCACAACCAGUGAGAGAGGAAAAGUCAAUUCUUCCCAUUGGAGCGUCGCUGAGAUGAUGGGUGAGAGCAAGUUAGACAGCAAAACGAAAAAGAAGAACAACAGUAGUGCCGAUCUUACUCGUUUGUUGAAGGAAGAAAAUGAAAAAUUGCAAUCAGAACUUAACAUUAAGACGGAACAGCUCAUGGGCAAAUUAAACGAGAUCCAAAUUCUUCAAACACAACUCCACAAAUCGAGUGAAUCUAUGGAGUCUUUUGAAAAACAGGUCGCUAUAUGUACCAAAGAGAACCAACGUCUCAAAGCCGAACUGGAAAAGAAAAGUGGAGAAUUAGCAAAUGAAAAAUAUGUCCGGGUCGGAUUAGAAAAUAAAUUGAGUAACAUCAACUUUGCGGCAAAGCAGAAGGCGAGCGCGAUUAUGGCACCUCGACCUCCAUCAACCCCUGGGACUCCAUCAUCUCGAUGUGGUGGUGACACAAGCAUUCAUUCGACUGAAGUGUUUGAACUUAAAGAACAAAUUGCAAACUUGAUGGCGUCUGAUGGCCAGAAGGAUGACAUGAUUUUGGAUUUAAAUGUUGCACUUCUGGUUACUCGACAUGAAUUGUCGGUCCAAAAGAUGGAGAACAUCUGCAUGUACAAAAGAGAUACAGGCGGGUGUAACAUGUUUGUUGAGGAUUACAAACAAAUAAUCGCAGACUUCCAACCAAUCGUGACGCAACUUAUGGCAGACAUAAGGACUCAGCAUAAAGAAGAAACUGGAUCUGAAGAGGUUAAGAGUGGUACAAUUCUUCCCGAGAACGAAGAUCAGGGACAAACCCAGGUGAACAAGUGGGACGAAUCUAGCUAUGAACAAUUUCUUCAAUUGCCACAACAAAUCGAAAAAAUGCACAAUGAUCAUGCAUCUUUGUUGGAAAAAGUUGUUAAUGACCGAAAAAAGAUUGCAGAAUUUUUAGGCUCAGUUCAGUUACAGGUGGAUACCUGGACAAUGUUCAAGAAGAAUAACUCGUGAGAAAUUAUAAUCAUAUCAGUCAGGAGACAACAAUUUCAAUCAAAGUGUGCAUUUCGCUUUAAUCAUUUUUAGCUGAGUGAAUGUUAAAUAUCUAUGUCGCGUGCAAUGGUAGUGGUGUUAAAAUUCUAGUUAAAAUUAUGAGUAAAAUGUUUACAAUUACUUAUUUAUAUUUAAACGACUUGUGAAUUGAUGUCAGUAUUACAUGUGGAAAAUAAUAAGUAAUGAAUGCGCGAGUAUUGAUUAAAAUAAGUCAAGUAUUUAUAAAACA